GAUUGGGGAGAAGCAGGAAAGCAGCGUGGCGAGGCGGCGUGGGCGAUUCCCUGGCGACCCCGGGGCGCGACCGGCCCGGCGGGACCCUCGGCCUGGAGGAGGGGGUCCCGUGGGCGGAUUGGCUGAACGCGGGGAAGCACGUGGCUCCAUCCGCCUCUUCAUCAAGAGCAGGAGGGGGCAAAGUGAGGAGAGGAAUCGGAAAAGCAGCACAGAAACCAGCAGAUGAAUUUCAAGACAGUCGAAUUAGAUGGAUCCCUUUGUCAUAUCAUCAGAAACAAGUGAGGAUGAAGUGAGCAAAGAGACAUUUCCAAAUGCACAGAAUGCAAAAAGCACAGGGAAAACCAAGUAAAGAACAGGAGACAAUAAUCCAGUAUUUUUCACAGUGUUGGAAACAAUCUUCUGGAAUGAAAGAAUGUGCAGAAUGUUGAAAGAGAUCCAUGCAGGAACCUCGCUCUCCAUCUAGCUCUCUGCAGAACGCAGGUGAACAUGUCUACCAUGGAAGGAGUCUCAAAGAGCGAGAACUGACUUAAUGGGCAUCAGCGAUCCAUCAAUUGAGGAGGCCCUGUAUAAUCAUGGAAAGUAGGGAGAGCGUAAGGGCUGGUGAAAGGCUUCCAGAGGAUGGAGGAGCCCAGCCUGCAGAGCAGCUAAAUAAAUACAUGGAAUAUUGUGAGACCUUCAGUGAUCCAGGUGAUGUUUCUAGGUGCCAAAGAAAGCACACUGGGGAGAUAGCAAAGCAAAGUAAGAGCUUCAGUGGGAUUGGAGAUCUUCAAAGGCAUCCAAGAACUCACACUGGGGAGAAGCCACAUGCAUGCAUGGAAUGGGGAACGGGCUUCAGAUGUAUUAGAGGCCUUACUCAUCAUCACAGAACCCACACAGAGGAGACGCCAUACACAUGCAUGGAAUGUGGAAAGAGCUUCAGUCAGAGGGGAUGUCUUACACGGCAUCAAAGAACACACACUGGAGAGAAGCCAUACACAUGCAUGGAAUGUGGAAAGAGCUUCACUCAGAGGGGAUGUCUUACACGGCAUCAAAGAACACACACUGGAGAGAAGCCAUACACAUGCAUGGGAUGUGGAAAGGCCUUCAGUCAGAGUUCACAUCUUAUACUGCAUCAAAGAUCCAACACUGGAGAGAAGCCAUAUACAUGCAUGGAAUGUGGAAAGAUCUUCAGUCGGAGCGGACAUCUCAUAAGGCAUCAAAAAACCCACACUGGAGAGAAGCCAUACAAAUGCAUGGAAUGUGGAAAGACCUUCAGUCGGAGUGGACAUCUCAUAAGUCAUCAAAAAACCCACACUGGGGAGAAGCCAUACACAUGCAUGGAAUGUGGAAAGCCCUUCGGUCGGAGUGAACAUCUCAUAAGUCAUCAAAAAACCCACACUGGAGCGAAGCCAUACACAUGCAUGGAAUGUGGAAAGACCUUCAGUCGGAGUGGACAUCUCAUAAGGCAUCAAAAAAUCCACACUGUAGAGAAGCAAUACACAUGCAUGGAAUGUGGAAAGGCCUUCAGUCAGAGUGGGCAUCUCGUAAGGCAUCAAAAAACCCACACAGUGGAGAAGCCAUACACAUGCAUGGAAUGUGGAAAGACCUUCAGUCGGAGUGGACAUCUCAUAAGUCAUCAAAAAACCCACACUGGGGAGAAGCCAUACACAUACAUGGAAUGUGGAAAGACCUUCAGUCAGAUUGGAAACCUUACUCAACAUCAAAGAACCCACACUGGAGAAAAGCCACAUACAUGCAUGGAAUGUGGAAAGAUGUUCAGUUGGAGUGGAGAUUUUACUCAACAUCAGAGGACCCACGCUGUAGAGAAGCCGCACACAUGCAUGGAACGUGGAAAGAGCUUCACUUGGAGUGGAGGCCUUACUCAACAUCAAAGAACUCACACUGGGGAGAAGUCAUUCCCAUGCAUCGAAUAUGGAGAGAGCUUCAGCCAGUAAUACUCUGAGGCACCAUGUGAGAACUCAUCUGCUUAGGAGCCAUCAAUGAGCACAAGGGAGAGGUUUCUAAAUUCAUGCACUGAGGGUAUAAAAUGGAGGGUGAGGCAUUUUUCCCGGAGGAAGGUAGCUAGUCGGGUGCCACAGGUUUCAGUCCUGGGCCUAGUGCUCUUCAACAUAUUAAUCAAUGAUUUAGAUGAGGAAGCACAAGAGAAUAGAUAAACACAUUUGCAGAUGAUGCAAAACUGGGUGGAAGAAGAAACACCCCAGGAGACAGAAGCAAGAUCCAGGGUGGUCCUGAUCGACUUGAACACUGGGCUGAAAGCAGUGGAAUGAGAGUCAGUACGGGCAAGCUCCAAGUCCUCCAUCCGGGAAAAAGAAAUCGAAUGCAUUGAUGCAGGAUGUGGAAUACGUGGCUCAACAGAAGUGAAAAGCAAAAACACCUGAGAGUCCUUGGGGACAAUGGGCUAAACAGGAGCCAACAGGGCGAUGCAGCCACCAAAUCAGCAAAGGCUAUUUGGGAUGCAUUAACUGAAGUAUUGCUUCCAAAUCAUAAUAAAUAGUACUUCUAUAGGAUACCCUAUACUCCUCACUAAUCAGACAUCAUCUGGAGAAUGGU